UCUUUUCCCCUCUUCGUUUUCUUUUUACUUUCUUUUAUUUUUUUUGCAGAAUAAAUGCAGGCACCAACGGACAACCCACAGUCAACCCUCUUGACUUUGCACGAUGCUAUCACAGACUCACCUGUUUACAGGUCCUCUACUUUACAUUUUGACGAACAGUUGGAUUUAUUAGAAAAAUGGUUAGAGUCCUUGUCAAAGUAUAUGAAACAGUACGUCGACAAGUUAAAUAAGUUUAAUCUUGAAACCAACAUUCUGUGCAAAAAAGUUAUUCCUGUCGGUAUUGACGAUUCUAUGAUAGAUCCAAAUUUUACAGGAGCUGUUAUUAAAAGCUUUUCUGAUGCUUUACAGACUAGCUUAGCGUUCAAGACAAAAUUGGUAUCCGAUCUUGAGGACAACUUUCUUCAGCCUUUACAAACGUUUGUAAAGACCCAUUUGAAAGAAUUUAAAGAUUUUAGAAAGCAACAUGAAAAGAUACUGGAAAAAUAUGACGUACAACUUGUAAAAUAUACUUCACAGAGUAAAUCAAAAGAAGCCUCGGCUGUAAGAGAAGAGGCGUUUAGAUUAUACGAGACAAGAAAAGCUUAUGUUCGCAUGUCCGGUCAGCACGUUGUACGUAUCUUACACUUCCGUUCUUUAUUAGAGCACUUCUUGGUUGAGAGGUUUUCCUUUGCUACUACUUCUCAUCUCAAAGAUUUUGAAGGAGGUUCUGACUCUUGGUCAAAGUUACAAUCAAGCCUGACUGCUUGGAAACAAUGGUUACUAGAUGAUAAAGACACUUGUAACUACCAAUUACAUCAGUUACAAGCUUCUCGCAUAUCACUGGAAAACAAAACAUUGACAAUUGCUCGACCCGCUCGUGACUUGGAAAAAUAUUCGCCGGCAAGUGCUUCUCAAACUGGAUUAAAUAAUAGACACUCCUUGGAUUACACUACUUCAGUUUUAAAGAACGGAAACCACCAAAGUCAUAAAUGGGGAUAUCUGUUUAUACGAGGCGCAAGAAACUAUUGGACUAGACGCUGGUUCUUCUUAUAUGAUGGCUCAUUCGGAUCCUGUAAUGUAUCUACAAGACAAAAGGGUAAUAUUACAAUGAAUGAUAGAGUUUCUGUAUUAUUGUGUGAUAUUAAGCCCUUGGCGGAUAUUGAUCGUCGAUUCUGUUUUGAGGUCAUGUGUGCUCACCAGCCUUCAUUUGUUCUCCAGGCAGAGACAGAGAACGAAAUGCGUGAAUGGAUGUCAUCGUUUGAAAAAGCAAAGAGAUUAAUGCUUCAAACAGAGCAAUUAGAUUUUAAGAGUGGGACAGCUAUGAGUACUGUUUCCGUUGUGGACACCGACUCUUCGUCACCAACACUCUUGGAUAAUGUUAGUAAAUCAAAGCCUACGACCAUGGUGGAUGAGUUGCCUGUCAUUUCAAUUAACAAUGCCUUGCCAAAGCCCAGUGAGGAAGAACUGAAAAGACCAUCCAUUGUUAUGCUUUCGACUUCUCACAAGAGCGAUUUGCAGUCAUUUACUGAGCCAACUUCAUUAACCCCUCUUCUUGUAUGGGAGGCGUCACGUGCUUCCAUGGGUGCUUCGAGUAAUAAUACAGCCCCAUCUGUCCCUACUUCCCCUGUUUCACAAUCUUUCUCUGCUGCUGCUGUUUCUUUGGAUGCCACUUUAAAUAACUAUAGCGAAAAAGAUGAUUCGUCUACAUUGAAUGGAUCUACAACUACUGCGACUACGACAAACAGUUCGUGGGGUAUACCUUGGGCUUUAGUACCCAGUAUGUUUCAAGGGAGCACGGAUGAUAUAGCAAAUGAUUUAGCGCCUACACCGGGAGGAUCACCUAACGUACCAGCUGUAACCGAUGCUGAUGGCCAUCAAGUUAUUUGGCCAACAAGAGUUGAUGACUCAAACGUACCCAGGGUGGACUUAACUGGUUAUACUCCUUGGUUAGAUAUUAGAAAUAGAGAAUUAAGACAUUUAUUUGGAGGUGUUGGCUCAAACGAAGUCGUUCUCAGUGCUUUUAUUGGCCUGCUUAAAAAGAAGCCCUUGGACGAACGAGGUGAUCUCAAAGAUCCUGAAAUGCCUGCAUCACCAACAGUAGCGAAUACUCCUAUAGACAAUCUGGAACAAGAAUUCAAUUCUCAAUUGCCAAGCGCUGUAGAAGGACCAUCGUCAACCUACGGAUAUUCUUACACUGGUCGUGGUUUUAUUACACAGGAGACAUUCUGGUUCUAUAGUUGUGUACUGAUGACAUGCGUUAAUACGGUUGCUAUUCGUUUACGCGAUAUUAAAAAAAUUCGUUUAAUUCGCGAUCCCUCGAUUACAAACAUUGGUACAAACUCUAAUUUGGCCUUAGCUAUUGAUCUUGGUGGUAGCUCUGGUACUAAUGAUGAACAAAGUCCUUUGAUUUUCACUACAUUAAUGGAUGAUAUCGAAGUUGUUGCUGAAAAGCUUAAGUUCGCUGUUUCUAAUGCAAAGAACCCUGAGCCCGAAUCGAUCCAAAUUACUUAUGAUGUGUUAAAUAGUUUAUCAGCUGCUGUAAACAAAAACAAGAAUGCAAGUAAUCAAAAAACUGUGAUAAAAACAUCUGCGCCUGUUCGAUCUGCAUCUGAUAUUACCAGUAAUGGGUCGUCUAAUGCUUUGCAUUCGUCGUCUUCUGCUAGUUCUCUGUUGGAGCCUGCUCCUAUAAAAUCCACUGAUCCGAAGAAGAAAUCAAAAACACCCCGUAAGUAUUCUGCUCCCGUUCAACCGAAAUCUGGCGCUUUAGCUGCGGCUAUGAUGGCUGCUUCAGUUGCUGGUGGAAGUGGAUUUUUAGAUGCGAGAAAGGGAAUUCAAGAAGAAUCGAGAAACAUCUUGCGUAAUAAGAGAUCCAAGGCCACCUUGGUUCCUCAUGAUGAUGGUGAUGUUCCCGUUCCUAUGCCAAAUUCUACACUUUCUUCAAUGAAUUCGUCGACUGUUAACAUCCCUUCGAAGUUGGCGGAUAUUGUUACACUUGAAACAGCCACACCGAAAGUAGACGAUCCCCAUGCGCCACCAGAGGAUUUUAAACUACCAACGGGGCCUGUAAACUGUGGUUGUGACAACCACUUAGAUAAAUUGGAAGCAGAAAUCGAAGUACCUAUUUCCGCAAGACAUUUGUACUAUUUAUUGUUUUCAGAGGACAACCCUAAUUAUCUCGAUAUCUGGGAAAAAAAGACAGUAGAAAAUAAGUGUAGAGAAUUGACAAUGACAUCCUGGGAAACAGUAGAUGGAAAGAGAGAACGUACAUUAAAGUACAUCAUACCUGUUAACAAUGCGAUGGUGAAGCUAAAAGAAGCAGAAGUUGUUGAAAAACAAAUCGUAGAGAAAAAAGAAGAUUACCUACGCUAUAUUGUUUUGACCUCGACAAAAACGGCUCAACUUCCAUAUGCUGAUGCAUUUGUACCUUAUGUUAAGUAUUGUAUCACUUGGGUGAGCAAAAGCCAAAGUAAGCUUAGCUGUUAUACAGGUGUCAAAUUCUUGAAGAAUAUUCUUGUCAAGGGUAUUGUUAACAAAGCAGCUAUGAAGGGCAUGUCAGAAAACAUCGCGAUUUUCGUCCCUAUUGUUAAGGGGGAGGCUAAUAAGCAUACGCACAAAAAAAGACGCGGUAGUAAGGAAAAGGUUGAUCAAGUCUCUACAUUAAAACGUGGGGGAACAAUCAGACGUCCUUCGUCUAAAGCCCUUGAUGAGGGUGAUAAUGGUGCUCAGACUGACUCAUCAUCCGGUUGGUACAGUCACGUAGAGACAGUGAUGGAUCUGGUUCAUGAUUUCUCUGAUGCUUUACCGAUUGCGGCUAAAAUCGGCGGUGCUGUCAUUUUGGUGCUAUGGAUUAUGUAUAGUUGGUUACGUGCUGGUUCACGUCACGUAGUACACGAUAAAGUAGCUGUCAAACAAAACUAUGCUGAAGUAAGUUCGCGUGCUGUUUAUUUACGUGACAUCAACGAAGGCUUGUUAAAUGCUGAAGCAAAACCAGCAUAUGGACAUUCUGAAAGUUUCCGCUUAUUUUUAGAAUCAAAGGUCGCCAACCGUACCCUUCGUUCAAACCAUCAGUGGUAUAGCGCACAGCAUCAUCAAUUCGCUGUAGAGCUUUUAUUUAGUCGAGAAAGAUUAGCUAUGCUUCGCCAUGACACUUUGAUCUUAUUCCAGCUCGUCAAUGAAGUAGAUGCUCAAUUAUUGGAAAACGAAUAUACCAACUGGUUAAUGGAUACAAGACUUCAAUGUAAAUCACCAGAGGUCGACUAUGACGGGCUUCAUUGUGACGACGUUAAGCGUCAAUUACGGGCCUUUCCUAUUGACUCCUAUCAAACAGUGUCAUCAUCAAAAAAACGUAACUAAAUAAAAAUGUGAUUUAACCUUGCAAAAAAGCAUCAGGUUAUACCAAUAAAUUAAUAACCAGAGUUCCUCCGUUGCAGUAAAUGAACAUACC